UCCUCGGCUUUCCUGCAGGGCCACGGCUGGAAAAACAUGUACCACAGCGGUGAUCCUUUCAUGCACCCGGAGCUCUAGUGUUCUGCAUGAACUAAAUAACACUUCAGCCUUCAUUUCCCCUCCUCUGAUUUUUUUUUUUAUCCUUUAAACGACAUCUGGACCAAGAGCGUUUGAUUUACCGCGGGGAGAUGCGCCUUCCAAAGCGCGCAUACAUUGUCCGGACAGGAGCGCAGGAGAGAAGCAUGUAACCGGGAGAACCGCACCACCGCCACCUGACACUUCUCUCCUCAUUAUUCCCCUCCACAUUACGCGCUUCUCCAUGUGUUGACUCAGUUCUCGGCCCUCUUUGGGAUUUUAACAUCCAGCAAAAUGAGCGAAGAACCAUCAGAUGUUCCUAAAGAGCUCCUCGAGAGUGUGAGGGACGCAGUGGGGAGGAAAGUGAAGUUGUCGCUAAGAAAAAGAGUCAAAUUGGAGAUCAAAGGAGACAAGACAGAGAACAGAGUGUUGGCUCUUGCGACUCACCGCGCCUACCUCCUAACAGCACGCAUUCCAGCCAAGGUAGAGCACUCCUUUAAUUAUCUGGAGAUCCAAGGAAUUUCCUGCAGCAAACCAACACAGCUACUUGUGGAAUAUGAGCGAGGCUCGUUCUCAGUGAAGCUGCCGUCUACAGAGGAGGUGAAUGAUGUGGUUGCUCAUAUAGGAAACUGUCUGCUGAGGAUAUGUCCUGGUCUGCCCCCGAGUAAAGUGAUGAAGAAGCUUUGCAUGGAGCCUCCAGACAGACUGAGCUCCCUGCAGACUUUGUGGGAAAACAACAAGCUUACUGAACCGGGACCCUGUGGGGGGUUCUCUCAGAUGUACAGAUGUGUGUGUGACUGGUUAGGACUACCUUACAGAGAAGAAGUGCAGUGGGAUGUUGACACCAUCUACUUGACACAAGACAGCAGAGAGCUCAACCUGCAGGACUUCAGCCAUCUAGAAAACAGGGAUCUUGUGGCUAUAAUAGCGGUUCUGGAAUUCAACCAGUGGUUCACCAAGCUAUCUACCAAGGAUUACAAACUGUCUGCAGACGUGUGCGAACAGAUUCUUCGGGUGGUUUCUCGAUCCAGCCGACUGGAGGAGCUAGUGUUGGACAAUGCAGGACUCAAAACAGAGUUUGCCCAGAAGCUCGCUGCUGCCCUGGCCCACAACCCCAACUCAGGACUUGCCUCCAUAAAUCUGGCUAACAACCCUCUGGAGGACAGAGGUGUUUCUUCACUCGGUUCCCAGUUUGCCAAACUUCAUUUGGGGCUAAAGCAUUUAAACCUCUCAAAAACCUCACUUUCACCUAAAGGGGUGAAUAGCCUUUGCCAGUCACUGAGUGCCAACCCAUCCAUCGCCAGCAGCCUGGUCCAUCUGGACCUCUCAGGGAACAUGCUCAGAGGAGAUGACAUGCAGCAUUUCUACAACUUCCUGGGUCAACCUAACAGCCUGGCAACACUCGACCUCUCCAACACAGACUGCUCCCUGGAUCAGGUUUGCUCAGCUCUGCUGCGAGGCUCAGCUCAACACCUCUCUGUUUUCAAUGUGUCGAAAAGCAUCUUUCCUCACAGGAAAGGCAAAGAUGUGCCUCCAUCGUUUAAACAUUUCUUCAGCUGCGCCGCGUCUCUCAGCUCCAUCAACGUGUCAGGAACCAAGCUGCCGCCAGAGGCUCUCAAAGCACUUCUACUUGGCCUGGCCAGUAAUCCCAGUUUGAAGGAUGUCUCUCUGGAUCUCAGCUGCUGUGAGCUUGGCCACUGUCUUCGAUCGGGCGGUUCUCAGAUCCUCGAAGGUUGUAUUGCAGAAAUCCCAAAUAUUUCCAGCCUGGAUCUCUCCGAUAAUGGCCUGGAUUCGGAGCUAUCAACUCUCCUUUCCUGGUUGGCUAAGAACCGCUCAAUCAAGCAUUUGUCUUUGGGAAAGAACUUCAACAAUAUCAAGUCAAAAAACCUUGCUCCUGUCCUGGAUGGUCUGGUACACAUGAUUCAAGAAGAGGAGUCGCCCCUCACCUCUCUGUCUUUAGCAGACUCCAGACUGAAAAGUGACCUGACCAUUGUUCUCAACGCCCUCGGCAGCAACUCCACCCUCACCAGGCUGGACAUCAGCGGUAACGCCAUGGGGGACAUGGGAGCUAAGAUGCUGGCGAAGGCUUUGCAAAUCAACUCAAAGCUCAGGACUGUAAUCUGGGAUAAGAACAACACCAGCCCUCAGGGUCUUCAGGACGUUGCAGCCGCUCUGGAGAAAAACUUCACCAUUCGCUUCAUGCCCAUCCCCAUCAUCGAUGCCUCCCAGGCCCUGAAAGCCAGCCCUGAGAAAACUGAGGAUGCCUUGCUAAAGAUUGAAACUUUUUUGUACAGGAACCAUGAAACUAGAAAGUACCUCCAGGAGCAGGCUUAUCGCCUUCAGCAGGGCAUCGUCACGACAACCACCCAGCAGAUGAUAGACCGGAUUUGCGUCAAAGUCCAGGACCACCUGAACUCUUUGAAGAACUCUGAGGCUGACGCCAUCUUAGAAGAUGUCAGAACAGCCGAAAAUCUCAUCAAAGAUGCCAGGAACUCUAAAACUCUGCUCCGUAACCUCUACCACCUUGGUUCAUCAUCCAGAGAAGAGCUGAACAGUUCCUCAGCAGGCCCCAUCCAGGAGAAACUGGAGUCCAUGGCUGGAGAGGUGACUAUAGUCAUGGAUCAGCAACUGCAGACCCUUUUGGAGUCCAUGAUGGAUCAUGCGGAGUCCCUCUGUCCUCACGUGAUGAAGAGGGGAAAUCUUCGUCCUGAGUUGAUGAAGCAGAGCUCAGCCAAGAUGGUUGUCCCUAAAAGUUUUGUCACUCAGAUCCUCCUGGAGCAAUCAGGGGUGGAUAUCAUCAAUAAGAUCAGUGAGGUGAAACUAAGUCUGGCUUCCUUUCUGUCUGAUCGCAUUGUUGAUGAGAUCUUGGAGGCUCUGUCCACAUCACAGCUAACGCUGGCGGACCAUCUGGUACGACGAGGUCGCCGCUUGGUGCAGCAGGAGUCUGUGGAUCUGGACGUGCCUGAGGAGAAGAUUCCCAAACGAGCAUCUGCUGAGAUACUGGAAGCAGAAAGGCUUGAGGAUUUGGAAACAUGUAUGACUCUGUGCUGCACCAGCAUGACUCCCAAAUCCAAAAGGAAAAGCAUCCACAGCAGAAUGCUGCGUCCUGUGUCUCGUGCCUUUGAGAUGGAGUUUGAUCUUGACAAAGCUCUGGAGGAUGUUCCCGUCUACACGGAGGACGCCUCCACUUCAUCCCAAACUCCUCCCACUCCAUCUGCGGGGGCGCCCAAAGCGGAGCAGCGUCCAUCCGGAGGCAUCGCAGAGCUGCCGUCAGAGGAAGAGAAAAAGCUGCAACACUUCACCAAACUACGCCCUCGACGGAACAAAAAGAUGCAUUCUAGUAAAGUGGCUCAAACUAAUAACACUCCAUCUCAAGAUGGCAAUGAGCAGAAUGGCCUCAUGGGCAGGGUCGAUGAGGGAGUGGAUGAAUUUUUCUCUAAGAAAGUUACCAAGAUGAAUUCAAAACGCUCCUUAAAGAGUGCAGAAUCUCAAGACGGAGAGAAGAAGAAAAAAGGAGGAUUUCUGAAUCUCAUCAAGAGAUCCUCCAAAUCUGAUAAGUCUGAUAAAUCAGAUAAGUCGGAGAAAAGCCAAGCAGCUCCCACAUCCUGUGGUGCAUCUUCAGCCUCUGCUGCAGCAUCUGCCCUCCCAGAAGAGCCCUCUUCCCCAAAGGUGGCCAUCAGGAGCCCACCGCCUGAACCAAAGUCUAGAGACUCCUCCACCCGUUCACAGCCCACAGACUACAGCAGCAGCUCAGAUCGCUCGGAGGAACUGAGGACUCCAGACUCUAUAGAUGAACCCUGGGAGGGUUCAGAUGGAAGGGGAAGUCCUCAGGGUGGGAAGAGGUACACUGGGGUGCAGAUGAUUGGAAGUGGCCUCCUGGCAGAGAUGAAGGCUAAACAUGAGAGGAGAGCAUACAAGUCUUCCAGCCCCGACCGCCCAGACAGCAAUGCAGCAGCCAAGCCCCAAUCCACAGCCACAGGGAGCAAGUCUAUUAGUUGUUCUAUGAACAAACCCAACACUGCUCCUUCAGAGAAGACCUCAGCUCGUGGUGAAACUAAGCCUGAACCAGUCGCUCGACUCAGAGCCUCCUCAACCUCCCCAGCAGGGCCAGCAAACCCUAAACCACCUGUGCCACAAGGAGCAAAGCCAGCUCUAGCUGCUCGUCCCACCAUCCCCCAGAAACCAAGGACCAGCAGCAGGAGCAUAGAUGAGAGCUCAGCUUCUCCCAGCAGCGACCAUGUAUCUCCUAAAGUUCUCCCCUCCACCCUAAAGAGGGCGCUGUCAGAGAAAGACAAGGGGUCCAAUCUGCAGAACACCAACAAAACCACUCAGGACGGGAAGUCAGCAUCAGAUGCUCAGAGAUCCAGCCCUCAUUGCACUGAUUCUGAAGAUCCAGGUUCCUUCAAAAACAAAGACAGAUGUCCAAACUCAGAAAAGAGCAAGUCAACCAGCAAGAAGUCCUCCGACUCGGGGGAAGAGGCAGACAAGGACUUUAUUUUAAUAUGAGCCACUCACUAAGUCUCAGGCUCCCUUAGAUAGAGCUAACUCUAAGGGGGAAAAAACAAAAACUCAUGUGAUUCAUUUUUAGUCCGAAACAAACCCACAGCUCCUGUUUGACAAUAGAUUCUACAUCAGAUUUGGUAGACAUGAGUUCUGCUCUUGCAGAAUAACAAAGCUUGCAAUGCAUGACAGAUUUUACAUCUCUAGAUGCAGCUUGCCUACAAAUCAAAACCAAAACUGUGCUUAAACUCUCGAGAGCUUCCUGGAUUCAAUCUGAUGCCUGCCAGACUUACUCAUCCUCGCUUUUUUAACUAACUCUUCAGGGUCUGAGUAGAUGAACCAUUACGGUUUUAUCUAACUCCUUCAAACCAUCAAUAAUAAAUUAUCCAACCUAGUCAAGGUUUGGAAUCUCUAAAAAUAAAGCUUUGCAGUUCCAACUAACAAACGUAUUUUUGUUACUGCCUGCUGCCGUAGCUUGACACCCAGGGACCAAACACAGUAAUCGCCAUACCAAGAUCACUGUACUUGAAGCCAAAUCAUAUUAGCAAAACAAGGACUCUUUCUGAUAUAUUUUUGAUGGAUUUUAUAAAAUUCUGUUUUCAAUAUGUGCCAGCUGAUAACUAGCUGGUUUCGUUAUGCAAUUUAAUUUAUUUCUUUUAUUUACAGGAACAAGCAGGUUUCAGCUGAGAGACACAAAUCAGAGGUGUUUUUUGGUUUUGGUUAUAAGUGGAACUACUGCAGAGUAAAUGUGCUCUAAGUAAUCCAGACUUACUCUCUGCGUGGAAGCUGGAGGGGCCAUAUGAUGUGUUAUUGCUUUAAGAGGACUGUGAUACACUUUGACUUUAUUAAAAAUCAGUAUGGCUUUAGCACUGUUCGAUAACUGCUCUUUUAUAUCAAACACUGUGGAAAAUAUUUUUCCUUUUUAUUUAUCUUGGGAGAGGAGCUUUGGGAAUAAAUUUCAAGUGCAAUAGAGUGAAGUGGUGCCCAUCUGAAGCAUGUUAUUAGGGUAAUACUUAAAAAAAAAAAAACAAGGAUUAAAAAGCAUUAAGUGAUGUCUGAACAUGUCCAGUGACAGCAAGGAACCUACUGUAAAACUGAACUGUUAUAUAAAAAAGAAUUGCAGUAGAAGAAAAAGGUUUGAAUUCUUUGUGUGAAAGCAAAACACUGAAGGAACUCCAGUCUUCAUUCUGCCUCAUUUUACGUCUUUAAUUAGACGUUUGGAGAAAUGUCUAAAAAAAAAAAUUACGCACAGCAUAAGGCGGCAAUCAUUCUGCUUGUUUAAAAAGAAGAAACAAUAAUGCACUGUGGAGUGAAAGCGAACUGUGGGUGGGUGUAUAUUAACUGUCUAAUGCCAACAUGGCUCAUUGUUCUGUUCUUGUUUUUGUUUUGUUUUUUUCCAAGAAUUUCCUGUUUCACAUCACUGUAGUGCUAGACUUGUUCUGAAAACUAAUUUCUAUUAAAACAGAUGAUAUAAAUGACUGAAAGAGUCAGUCAAAACGGAAAACAGUUUACUACUUCAUAUUUGAUUGUUAUCUGAUAUAUUUCCAUGCGAUAAAAAACUGGGUUGUAUGUUUUGAUUCUGUUCUACAUUGUCUAUGUAGAUCUUUCUCAGCUUUCUGUGACUAAAGUUACACACUAUAAAAGAAAAGAGUGCAUCAUUGUUGUGAGUAAAAACACAUCGAGGAAUUAUAAGGGCGUAUUUCCUGAUCACAGCUGUAUUGUCAUUUCACAGGUCAACAAUGUGAACACGGUUGGUUUGUAAUCGGGAUUCAGAUUUUCAUUCAUUAACAAGAAAUGGUAUCAUAGAAAAGAGUUGAGUAGACAUGCU